AUGGCAGCAGCGAAAAUGGAAACUCUAUGCCUACUGGGAUGUGGAAACCUGGGAUCAGCGAUCUUGAACAGUCUGCUCAGUACGGUAGAUAGCGAUCCAUUGUUCAGUCGAUUCAUCGCUUGUGUCCGUAGCGAAGCCUCGGAGAAGAAGCUCGCAGAGAAAUAUCCCCAACACGGGAAUCGACUCUCCAUCUCUCGAGGCAACAAUGUUCAGGCUGUCCGCGAGUCCGACGUGAUCAUCCUAGGCGUGGACCCGGCCGAUAUUGAGAAUGUUCUGAAGCAGCCAGGCCUGCCGGAGGUGUUGGAGGGCAAACUCUUGAUCAGCAUCGCAGCUGGCUGGACCAGGCAAAAGCUCGAAGAAAGCAUCUACGGAAGCGAAACUACCAAUGACAACAAGGCUAGCCGGGCAUGGGUCAUACGCACUCUCCCCAAUAUCGCGGCGCAGGUCUCGCAAUCCCUCACGGCGAUUGAGGUCUCCGAACCCUCUCCGCCAGAGUCGUACUUGAACAUCACAACGGCGAUUUUCGAGCGCAUCGGGCGCGCCGUGCAGAUCGAGCCGAGACUCAUGAAUGCGACAACUGCGGUGGGAGGGUCUACGCCAGCGUUUUUCGCAGUUAUCUGCGAUGCGCUGAUCGACGCGGCCGUAGCGGUGGGCGUGCCGCGGAAUCUGGCUCAUACGAUGAUCUUCCAGUCCAUGCAAGGUACAGCCACGAUGCUCCAGAGUGGAAUGCACCCGGCUAUACUCAGGGAUCAAGGCACAUCUCCAGAGGGAUGUACUAUUGGUGGACUAAUGGUGAUGGAGGAGGCAGGCGUUCGGGGUCAUAUUGGACGUGCUCUUCGCGAAGCAGUUACGCUGGCUCGUCUUAUGGAGACCACGGAGCAUGUGAAUGACACACGGCAUUAA